AUGCCCUAAUACAUAAUAUAUUCAUCUGUCAUUACAUUACAACUUCUUAUUCUUCUCUCCACGUACCCUCUCUGCUGCUCCUCCCCACCUCGCUCCACAGUCAGAAGUUGAGCUUCAAGGAGCGGGUGAGGCUGGCCAGCCCCCGAGGUCAGAGCAUCAAGAACAGGCAGACGGCCUCAGUGAACGACCGGCGCUCUCCGGGGGCCGAUGCCGGGGCGGAGGGCUCGAGCCCCGCCAAGGUGCAGAAGAGCUGGAGCUUCAACGACCGCACACGCUUCAGACCCUCGCUGCGGCUGAAGAGCCAGUCCCGCUCCACCACUGACGCAGACUCCAGCAUGGCGGGGGAGGAGGGCUACGAUGAGAGGGGCUGUCACUGUGAGAUCUCAGUGGAGGACCUGCUGCCCCCCGUCAAGGCCGUCAUCAGAGCUGUGAGGAUAAUGAAGUUCCAUGUCGCCAAGAAGAAGUUUAAGGAGACGCUGCGGCCGUACGAUGUGAAGGAUGUGAUCGAGCAGUACUCUGCCGGGCACCUGGACAUGCUGUGUCGCAUCAAGAGCUUGCAGACCAGGCUUGACAUGAUAGUAGGCCCCCAGCCCCUCAGCAGCCGAGCCAAGGCCUUUUCCACCCCCUCCCUGCCCGUUUAUUACAGCCAGGGCAGGAAGAACUCCACCCAGGGAGUGGAUCAGAUCCUGGGGAAGGGUCAGAUCCCUCUGGAUAAGAAGAUUCGGGAGAAGCUGCUGUCUGAUGGAGAUAUUCUGGAGGACAUGAGCAUGCUGGGUCGAGUCUGUAAAGUGGAGCGGCAGGUGACAUCGAUUGAGUCGAAGCUGGACUCCCUGCUGGACAUUUACCGGCAGGUUCUGCGUAAAGGCUCGUCCUCCGCCCUCACGCUCUCCUCCCUGCCGCUGUUCGAGCUGGAACAGACCUCUGACUACCACUCCUCUGUCUUCAGCAAAGACCUCUCCAGCUCCCCCCAGGUCAGCGGAGCCCCUCCCUCCGUCCGCUCCUCCACCACCUCCCACCUCUCCCAGGGAGGACUCCACCUCAUCCUGGCCCCGCCCAAUGAGCUCAGCCUCAACGCCUCCUCCUCCUCCUCCACCGGCCUGGCCUCCUCCUCCUUCAGCCCGUCUCCGCUGCCCCAUCCCCACUAUCACCGCCAUCGCCACCCUCAUUACCCCCGGCACCAUCCCACCCAGGUCACUACGCCCGAGAGUGGCACUGACGAGGCUGUGGGGAGCUCUCCACCCAUCCUCACCCCAAAUAGUGUCAGCAGUGGAAUUGGAGACGGAGGGUUUCCUCUUCUUGCUAGGCUUCCACCGCCCCCUCCCAGCAGGAGUGGGGGCCCGAGCCACCUGCCACGAGCCCCUUCCACAGAAGUGUCCCCUGACAUUGAGGACUUUUGUGGAGGUUUAGGGAUGCAGAUAGAGGAUAGCGGUGGUAAGGAGAGCCCCGGGCGGGGGCUGGGCAGUUUGGGGCAGAAGCUACAGGGCAGCAACGGGCGGUUGGAUCUGAAGGAGGAGGGGUCCUGGAGGAGGCACAUGAGCCUGGAGCUGCAGCCCCUGGCCCCCGGCUGCUGCUCCGGGCCCAGCCAGGUGACCCCAGGCCUGGGCAAGUCCCUUUCUGUUCAGGACCUGAUGCAGGCGGCCCCAGGAACCCUCCAGGACCCCCUACUCAGCCACAGCCUCUCGUCUCCAAGCCCCAGUACGAGCAGUGACUCUCCCAUCGGCUUCAACAUUAAAGACCCCGGGGGAAGGGGGGGUGUAAGCAGGAGUGGUGGAGGAGGAUGGGGGGAGGAGGACCUCUUCAUCAGCGACAGGGACCUGGAUCUCCAGGGAUUUGACUUCCUGUCACUGGGGACCAAUGAGGCCCAAACCUACUCGUCGGAGCUACUGAGGACAGACAGCAGAGGGGGGGCCGGACCCCGGGGCCCGGCCAGCGCUCACACCUCCCCUCUCUCUGCUGCCAACACCGAAUUGCAAAACACGCCACAUGUGCGGCUAAAAUAA